GUAUUGGAACGUAAACAAAAAGAUGGGGUUGUGUGGAGUAGGUUGUCUACAUUCGAUAGCAAAAUGGGUCCUUGUACUGUGCUUCUUGGCGUUUUGUAUUCAAUACUGGUUAAAUAAGAAACAGCAUUUGACGAGUGGUGAAGAGAUUGCUGCAAUUGUUAAGAAAUAUUCAGGUGUAAAAUCUUCAGAAGCUAAGACUGCAUUUGAUAAAAUAGCCACAGUCCUUCGGAGAAAGUACCCUGGACACAUUCUGCCCGAGGAAGACAUGCAAUGGAUUUUCAUGAACGCCGGGGGUUGGAUGGGGAGCAUGUGUCUUAUGCAUGCCUCCCUAACAGAGUACAUUCUGUUCUUUGGCACAGCUGUAGAGACAUCAGGUCAUUCAGGUCGAUACUGGGCAGAGAUUUCCGACACCCUGAUUACAGGAUCCAUGAGACAAUGGCGGGAGGGGGAACUACAAGCCCACAUCUUUAAGAGCGGUGACACUGUGCCGCACCCAAUGGGGAAUGCGACAGCGGUCUACUUUGAAGCCGACACCUGGAUGGUGGAGUAUGGCCAAGGUUUUAUCCCGUCAACGCUCACAUUUGCCCUCGCUGACACUUUUUUCAGCACCACAGACUUUGUGACACUGUUUUAUAUUCUGAGGGUCUAUGCCAAGGCUUUGUUUAUGGAGAUGAACGCCUCUAUUGAUGAUUGGAGGGACUAUGUCAAACACAAUAUAUGAUGUGAUGCAGAAUAUACAACAACCAAUACUAUCAAUUAACAAAAUUCCAAGAUUCACUUCACCAUAUUGUAACAUUUACAUUAGGAUAUAUUCUUCCUUUUUUUUGCCAUGUGUAUGUGGUUACGAUAUCUGAUCAUGAUAGCUGUAAGACUAUUGUUUGUGUAUCUCUUAUGCAUUCCAUCUUAACUCUAAUAGUGGAAUAGAAGGCUGAGUAUUUUUGUACAAAUUGUUAUUUGUGAAGACCCCAUUGUAUAUCUGUAUAUUUUGUUCAGGAAAACGUUGCUCACAUUUACAUAUUAAUUGUGUUCACUGUUUAUCAAUGCUCAAUGAUUUUAAAACUUCCUUUAUUUGAUAUUCUGUUAUAAGAUUAUUUUUUUCAAUGAUACUUGGCAAAAAUUCUAAUUGCACAUGACAUAGUGCCAGGUAGCAUUAUAUAUAACUCAUUUGAUUUUGAGGCAAUAUGUUGUCUCAUACCAAGAACUUAUCUCAUGUGAGGAACAUAGUAUCUCUUGUGCUUGGCAUAAAACCUCAUGGACAAGAAACAUAAUUAUUAUGAUUACAUGUAUAUGAGAUUUUUUUGUAAACGAAAUAAUUUUUGCCUAGCAUUGUUGGAAAAAAAGUGGCAUUAUUUGACACGAUUAGAUAUACCACCUUAGUUAUAUAAUUAGGCAGCACUUUUUGCUGUACGAAUACAAUCUCAUUUUGUCUUAUAAGGUACAUGUAUACAUCAAUAUUUAAUACUGUGGAUUUCUAACUAAAAGUGAGGAAUUCAAUAAAUAUCUACCUAUAAGUACAAGAGGCACAACUCGCGAAUUUUAAAACCACACUUUUAUUUUCGAGACAGAGGUUAACUAAAUGAAACUAUAAUAAAGUUUGGCGUUCUCACGAUUUUAUGCAAAAAGAUUAAAUCGCGGAAUUAAGAACUAGAGCAAAGUAAGAGAUCUACAAUACUUGUAAUUAACAUAGUUGUAUAACCAUAAAUAGCAAAAGAUACUUGUGUACCUUAGCAAUCAAAGAUCAAGUGUUUGUCCCCUUCUCUGUUUUCUGCAUAUAUAUGAAAAGUUGCAUGGUUAAAACUUUCAAACAAAAACAAAGUAACACCCUUUCUAAUUAAUUCAAAUCCAAUUCUGUAUUCCUCAAUAUUUUCGGUAUCAAUGAUAAGAAUACAUUUGAUUUUUAGGAGGUAUUCAUUCGGACCAGAAUUAUUAUUUAUUAAUUACCGUAGACAAUAGAUUUUAUGAACUCAUUAUGGUUUUUUAAAGUAAUUGAAAUAUUGUAAAAAUUAUGAGUACUCUGAGAGUGUAUUAAUCCCAAUAUUUUUUACUCCUCUUGAAACAGGAUGCCUAGAUUGGAUCAGAGGUUUUGUAGAAUUUAUUGUUGAGUAAUUGCUGAGAAUAUAUCACAUUGGUAAAAAUGAAAGGUCUACGUUAAUGAGAGUUACGUAUGUUUCAGUGUACAGCUAUUUUAAUGUUUGUAAUUAGAACAGUACUGUUUUUUAAUACUUAUUUUAUGAGACUAGUAAAGGAAUACAAAUCAAUGUAAA